AUGGGGUACCUGUUCCAGAUCUUUCCCGAUGACAUCGACUACAAACUUCGCCUACUGCUCGAUAUCUUCACCUUACUGGGAAUCAUCCGGGUGGCAAUUUGGCUGAUCACCAUUCUACUGGCUGUAAUCAUCGGUCUGCGAGUUCAUGUCAUUUCGCGCUACUUUCCGGUCAAUUUGCGCAGCAAAUACGGACCCUGGGCCCUGGUGACGGGCGCCACUGACGGCGUUGGUCUGGAGUAUUGUCGCGAGUUUGCCGCCAAGGGUCUCAACUUGAUCAUCCUCGGUCGGUCGCAGGAGAAACUCGAUAGAGUGAAAGAAGAGCUGAGCAAUGGACAUGCUGACAUUGAAGUGGUGACAGUGCAAGUUGAUCUAAACAGUGACGAUGAGCAACUGUACCAUCGAAUCGAAGGACAAAUCAGACCGGGGGAACGUGAUAUUGGAGUGGUGGUGAACAAUGCCGGGGUUAUGUAUGACUCGCCGAACAAGUUUCUCGAUCAGCAGGAGAGCAGCAUCUGGCAACAGGUCUUUGUUGAGUGGUUUUCUGAGUCACUGAACAUCGAGUACGCUCAGGAUGGCAUUGAUGUACAAACGCUCAUUCCCAAUUACAUUGCCACCAAGAUGACCAAGUGGUCUGACUUGCUGCAGAAGCCUUCCCUCUCCUACCCAAGUGCUGCUGCAUUUACUCACAACGCAGUGGCCACUAUUG